AUGGACAGCGGCAUCGUCAUCUGCCUCCGGAUCCACCGCAACAACGUCAAGGAUCGCUCGGCGCCCAUCGACCUCUCGGUCUUGCGCGAGGCAUGCCGCAGCACCUCGGCAUACGCAAGCAGGAUCGCCAUUGCGUAUCCAGAGGAUGAUGUCGACCUUGGCAUCGAGCUGCAAGGCAUUCUGCCCCGUCGUCUCAGCGCCGCCCCAGAAUCCGGCUCUGCAUCGAUCGAUCUGGUGCCCGUCCGCGACUGGGGCAAGUUCAUUCCAGCCCUGAACAGUCUGGUGCACUAUGCGGCCCAGCAGGGCUUCGACAUUGCCCUGUUCCAGUCUGUGGAAGUCCGUCUGGCUGAUGCCGAGAUCGAGGCAAUGCGGGCAGCGCUCGUGCAGCAAGCUCAUCACGGACCCUCGUUUCUCCCCUCGUCUACCCGGUGCUUCUACCGUCAAGACGCCUUGGUCGUCGGCAAGGCUUUGAAUGGCCACAACUUUGUCGCCGGCAAACAAUCGCUCGACGGACGCACGGCCCCAUGGAACACGGCUGCAUUGUGGAAUGUCCAGAAACUCGCCCUCACCGGGUUCCUCAUGGUGGCCGAGGGGCUGAUCCCGGGCGUCGAAGGAGGAGUCGAGGAGGUCUCGGUUAUCGCGUUGCACCAACGACUCAAGGCCGAGUCGUCCAGGGCAGUGCUGAUCCAAUUCAACGAUUCCAGUGGAGCCGCAGACGGCUGGAAUGCGUCGUGGUAUGUCAAACGCGGGGAUGUCGUUCCGAUCCGAUCUGCCUGA